AUGGGCAGUUUCCUCGACAACUCGAGAAAUGUAAUGAUGAUACAGGCUCCCAAUGCUCUCGAACAGACAAACGAGGCAAGCCGAAUCUUUCCCGUGAGAGACUAUUACGACAAAGCUCCCGAAACCGAAAGAAGAGAACGAGAACCGCAAUAUGAGGCAGAUGACACCAGGGCAGGCGGGGCGAUCCUGAAGUGGGUUAACUCGGUUUCGGCCAUCAAGGGAAUCAAAAUGCGUGAACCCGCAUCAGUCCAAUAUGCAAUGAUCGACUACACGAAAACCCAAAACAGCUCUUGGAUUCCCUCAUUUAAAUGGGCUGGGACCAACCAGAACCACAACAAUUACUCAUCUGGGUUCGCUUACCAAUCCACUUCCCACUCUGGAAUGGCGUCGACUAGCAGCGUGGAUAGCCCCAAACUACGAAACUCACAUGGCAAAAUUGGCGCCUCCCAGGAGAGUCAGGGCUCCAACUCUGCCACAGCUGACUCGGAUCGGGCUAUCACCGAACUAUGGCUCGUGGGAAAAGCUAUCCCAACUCUCCCCAACUACGUUUACCGCAGGAAUGCAACUAGCUCAAUUGUGACUCUGGCGAGCUGGACUGGGCUCCAGAAAGCCCCGAACAACCUAACUUGA